UGUCCUUGGCCGUAGCAGACAAUGGGAGGACGUGGUACGAAGAAAAUAAUUUAAUAUGACAAAAAUGUUUGCAGGACGUGAGCUGUGGUUUUUGUUCGUUCUUUCGUUUUAUUUUACUAAAGGCGACCAAGAAAACCUGCUACCGUUUAAAGUGGUCGACGCCGACAAAAAAACAUGUGAAACCGAUGGAACAUCAAAAGAUUUUCCAGUCACAGACUACAGCAACUUAACGGUGAAAGUACAAAACACAAACGAUCGUUUAUGUAAACUUAGGUGUAAAAACGUAGCUAACAGCCAGCAAUCCGACUUUUUUUUUGAAGCAAAUUUGCCUUUAUUACAUAACGACACGUCUGAAUGUCGUUCCGUUAUUCCAAUACUCAAAUUGCGUGGAGAAUUCAAUUGUUCUAUAGCAUUACAAGUUAAACGUGACCGUUUUGAACUACAAGAGUGUUACUAUAUAAUGAAGCUUAUUAGUAUAG